CAUUUCUGGCUCGCUGGACAACGGUUCACGUAGCGGCUUGUGUCUGCCUCUGGGCUCUCGACCACUCUCGCGCCGCUUUUGACUUUUUGCCUGUGAUAAGCCCUGUGAAUGGUGGAUACCCGAUACCCAACACCCAAUACACAAUACCCGAUACCAGAUACCAGAUACCAUAACCGCCCAGUAGGUACUUGGCGUGAUUCACAGUUAAGCCGUAUAAUCGUUGUACUCGUGAGCGCACUGAUCGAUUCAACUUCGUCGAGUCGAGUCGCCGAGGUUGAGGUUUCGAUGUUGACGGUUGUCGCCACCGCUGCCUGAUAAGGUUCAGACGCACAUCCGACCAGUCGUCAGUUGGCUUAAAAGCGUGCGAGGUGGAGCAUCGCGUAAACGGAACAACCGAUCGUCCGCCGCAGUUGCCAAAUGACCGAUUAGCCGACUGCAAAUUCGACUUCAAUUCCGAUUCGAGUGAUUCCGACGGGCCAAGAAGGCGAGACCCGUGCUGAUUGACCAACUCGGCUUACACACCAAAUACAGGACCGAUCCCAUUACUUGCAACACAGAAACCACAAACAGACGCGACAGCAAAAUGGCAAUCAUACUGCAAGAAGCCCAGGAGUGGUAUCGGGACCUAAUGGACAAUAAGAGCGAUCCUCGCGUUAACGACUUCUUUCUGCUAUCCUCGCCACUGCCCACACUUUGCAUGUGCAUAUUCUAUGCCUACUUCAGCAAAUCCCUGGGGCCCAGGCUGAUGGCCAAACGGAAACCGAUGGAGCUGCGAUCGGUUUUAGUUGUAUAUAACGCGAUACAAACAAUAUUUAGCGCGUGGAUCUUUUAUGAGUACUUAAUGAGCGGAUGGUGGGGCCACUACAGCUUCAAGUGUCAGCCCGUUGACUAUAGCACCACUGGCUUGGCCAUGCGGAUGGUCAACAUUUGCUGGUGGUACUACAUAUCUAAGUUCACCGAGUUCUUCGACACACUCUUCUUCAUUCUGCGAAAAAAGAACGAGCACGUCUCCACACUCCACGUCAUCCAUCACGGCUGCAUGCCGUUCUCCGUCUGGAUGGGUCUCAAGUUUGCACCAGGCGGUCAUAGCACCUUCUUUGCCCUUCUCAACUCGUUUGUGCACAUUGUGAUGUACUUCUACUACAUGAUCGCCGCCAUGGGUCCAAAGUACCAGAAGUACAUCUGGUGGAAGAAGUACCUGACCACCUUCCAAAUGGUUCAAUUCGUGGCCAUUUUCACCCACCAGUUCCAGCUUCUGUUCCGCGAAUGUGAUUACCCCAAGGGCUUCAUGGUCUGGAUCGGAUUGCACGGCGUUAUGUUCCUGUUCCUGUUCUCCGACUUUUACAAAGCGAAAUAUCUCAACGCAGCCCGACGUCGCCGGCAGGCGGUCAAGGCCAAUGGCUAUGCCAACGGCUCGGCUUCGAAUGGGCACAGCAAGCAUCUUGGAGAGGGUGACGCCCUGGUUGCAAACGGCAGCAAUACUGGGGCUUGCAUGCCGGUGAUGGAGGACGAGUACGUCAAGAGCAAGGGGCAAUCCAAUGGUGCCUACAAGGACGGCUUUUUCAAGGAGGGCGUGUUAUCCAACAACGAUGCCAUCUUCAACCCGGACAGCAGUAGUUCUAGUCUGCACCAGCGCAAAGUCAAAUAACUGCUGAUUAGGUGUACUACGAUGAUAUUCAUUAUGUUUAUGUUAAGUGAUUAGCGUGUAACUGAACCAGAUUGAAGAACAAGACAAACAAGAAACUUGGCAGAAGUAGCAGAAGACGACUGGCACCACAGCAGCGCAAAAUUAAGAGAGCUCGGUUUAUGGAUUGUUUUUGAUAAUUUAUAUUUUAAAUACGUACAAUACAUAAAAUCAGUUAUGGCAAACGUCAUUCGGAUGAGCCGAAACUUACCGAACAAACGCCACCUAUGCCCACCCACCCGAACCGUCAUUAACUAAAGCUAAGUAGGAAGAGAAGCGGCAGCACAAACUAACUAAGAUAUAAUCCAACCAUUUUUACAAACAUGUCCCACGGCACCAGUAUGAACGUCCCGCUUGAAGCACAGAUACACCUCUGGUGCGCAGAGAAAAGUUAUUUUUUGAACGAUAUUUAUAGAGCCAUAAAGCCUGUUUAAGCCAGCUGCAGAUACCAAUUACCAAUAUUAGUGUAGCUCACCGCAUACAAACACCUACUAAGACAUACAUACAUACUCACUAGGUGUACAAUUUUGUAUGAACAUUUUUGAUAACAAAUUGAGAUGUUGCGGCGGGCGACCCUAUGAUAGAUGAAAGCUAUACAUGCUCUCUUAAGUCUGCUCUAAACUUAAAGAACACGUUAUACUAUUUGUAGCUUGUUUUGUAUAUUGAGAGAACGGCAGUUUGUUGCAAUACUUUGUAAAGGUCCAAUAGUUAAACUUAUUUAUACAUUGUAGCUAGCUAGCCAAUUGCAAAAUGCAACACGACCCAGACCUCCCCUUCGCCCUCCUGGGCAAUGUGACAACUAAACGGACGACCGGACCGAAGAACUAUAGUCACUAUAGUCAGACAAGAAAGGGUGACACAGAUCAUGGAGUUAAAGCUUUUAUACUGUAAGUGCAAACCGGCUUAAGGACGAAGACAAUCAGUUUAUUCGUUGGUUGCCGACCAAUGUAGAUGAAUCUUAACGAACGUUUUCAACUAUUUUCACAUUGCAUUGAACCUCUUUUUGGUGUGGCUCGUAUAUAUUACUUUAUUACUACCUACCUAUUCAAUAUCCGCUUGUUUCCAUUUUUGGUUUGAAGUUGUUAAACGGUUUUUCAGCGAAGUGAGAAGUAUUGGUGACAAAUUAUUUGUAAGUGUAAUUCUGUCUGUUAACCCGUGCGUAUGGUUUCGUUGUUAGGUUAUGUGGCUUAAGCUGACAAGUUCAAAAACUAUAGUAAACCUAAAUAAAGCUUAUUAAUUUAUAUUAAAACUGUUCAAGAAACUA